AUGGAUAACAUCUUCCAUGAUGCACGCAACAUCAAAGCCGAAAAGUUCGUCUACAUCAUAAGACAUGGAGUCCUUCCCAUGAUAUCUGUAAUAAGAAGGAUGGUGGUGGUGGUACCUGAAUGGAUGGAGUCGGAGGGAACGAAUGACGACAGAACUAGGCGAGACGAAAGAAUAGUCAAAAACAUUCUGAAUGCUGCUCAAAUGCAUUUAGUUGUGGGAACUCCGAUAAUGACAGUGACCUUCACCGCAAUUUAUACAUUGCCAGGAGAUUUUGAAAGCGAUAUUAAUAGCCCUAACAAAGGGAUGACAAUUCUAUUAAGGAGAACAACAUUCUUAUCAUCUGUAGCAGUUACAAGUUAUUGUCCUUAUACUAACACAACUAUGUUGCAGCUUCUGGCGAUGGAAGUAGGUCAAGUUGCAUUACAAUUGAUUGUGCUUCCACGAAGAGUUGUAAGAGGUCGUUCAGCUAGAAGAAAUGUUGAACUACAGGAACAAAGGUAUAUUCCCAAUAUGCUCGAAGCAGAAAAGAAAAAGAAAGAAGAUUCUAAGAGGAAUGAGAAAUCUUCUGGAGAGGACCAAGGAGACUCUUCCAAGAAAAUACUACAGAACAUGCGAAAGCAAAAAAUUAUUUAUGGGAACAAGGGGAGCAAUUCACAACUUUCAAUGAAAGAGAGGAAGGAUGCAGACAAUGAACAACAAAUUAUUCACGCUGAGUUUGAGAGCCUUGGUGAAGAUAACCCAUUGGAUAAUAAUAGUGCUACCUUAAUCGACAAUAACAUUGACAACACGUGUUUGUAUCCCCUCCUUCAAGCUUGCGAGGAGUUAGAAAGUGAGAAAUUCAAAGAAUGCAGCGAAAGCAACAUAAGAUGGGAUCAAGAGGAUUCUUUUGAGGAGGAACUUCCUGACCAACAACAAGAAGAAAAUAUUGAUGGUGAGUCAAAUCUCAACAAAAUUGCGUGUGAAGAUGGUAACCCAGAUAAUUAUGAUCAUAUUAUAAAUAACAAUAUUAUCAACUAUGGCUCGAGACUUUUGGCAAAAGAUGAAAAUGGUGGAAACUAUCAUAUCACACAAGGAUUACCGAGAAGUACCAAAUUUCGUUCCAUCGGUAACCUUUAUAAGUGUACUUCUAGGCUUUCACCAAUUGAAGAUGAAUAUAAUUGGAACCAUCUAACUGAAAAAGACCCAAAAUAUGAACCAUUUAGCAAAUGAAGAUUCAAGUGUCAAAACAAACGAAAAGAAUGUUGGUUGUAAGAGAAAAGGGAGAAACAACAAUGGAGAAAGUGAUGUUGAUACUUCU